AUGGGUAAUUGUGCGUCAAACUGUAGAGCGAAAAAGAAUACUCGCAGCUUGUCUAUGCAAAUUAGUAGUCCAAAUUUGCUCUUCGCCGAUAACACCAUUUCAGAAACCCCAAAAAGCGGAAUGUCAAGAAGGUCAAGUGUUGUUGGAAUGUCAAGAAGGUCAAGUGUCGUUAUGAGAAAAUUAACUUCAAUAAAUAAAAAAAAUUCUGACGAAGCUGACGUUCCAUCAGCAAUAGUUAUUGAUAGGCCACCAAACUUGAAGGAAAUGGAAACCAUAAGGAAAGCCUUAAAAAAUCAUUAUCUUUUCUCAAGCCUAUCAGAAGAAAGCCUAACUCCCCCCUCUCCAUGAGUGAGCAAAAAAAUUUUUUUUCACUCACGGAGGGGUGUUAAAAAAAUUUAUAUAAAAAUUUUUAUAGAAAAUUUGUUUCGAAAUUUAAAAAAAUCCUAAUUCGCAAAAAUUGGAAAGCAAAUAUUAAUUUAAUUUAUAUAAUUUAUGUUUUUAAAAGCAAUUUGUUUAAAAUCAAACAGAAUUAGCUCUAGAUUUCAUUAUACAAAUUAUCACUUAUAUAUCAAAAUUUUUUUCCAUAAAAAAUUUUUUCUACUAAAAAAAUUUUGUUCACUCACGGAGGGUGGGUUUUUGUGCAAAAAAUAACGAUUUUUCUAAUGGUUUUGUUCACUCACGGAGGGGGAGUAAAGGUUUUUAUUCCUCAAAUGAAGUAUUAUACUAUCAGCAAGCCAGGAGAAACAAUUUUCUAUCAAGGAGAAAUCGGAAAUAAUUUCUUCGUAGUCACUUCUGGAAAACUAGAAGUCAUAAUUAAUGGAAAACAUAAAAGAAUUAUUAGUAAAGGAUGCUGCGUAGGAGAAAUUGCACUUAUGCUUAAUUCAACUAGAACAGCUACAGUGAAAACGAUAGAAAGGACUUCUAUGUGAGGAAUAGACCGAGAGCAAUUUAAAGCUGCAAUGCUAUCUAUAUAUAAUGAAAAGUAUAAUGAAAACAAAAAAUUUCUUGAGAGCAUCCAGAUUUUUAAAUAUUUAGAACCUGAGCAAAAGGAAGCAUUGCUCAAUGAAUCAGUACCUCUUAUGUAUGCAGAUGGAGAAAAAAUAAUAUGUGAAGGAGAUGAAGGUAUUUUAUUUUACAUAAUAACUGGAGGAAAAGUAAUGUGCUCCAAAGGCUGUGUUAAUAUUAGAUUAAUGGGAAAAGGAGAGUUCUUUGGCGAUCAAGCACUUCUGUAUGAUACAAAAAGAACUGCAAUGGUAGUUGCUGACGGGGUUGCUAAGCUGCUAGCAAUUACCAGAGAUAAAUUAGUGAGAAUAUUUGGUGACAAACUUCAAAGUAUUGCCUAUAGAAAUUCUCAGAAGUUCGCUAUUGAGAAAAAUCCAGUUUUAAGGAACCUGAAGAAGAAUCAAAUUGAGAAACUAAUUGAUAUUGGAGAGAUAAAAAUUUAUGAUGAGGGAAAUGUCGUAAUCGGAUCAGAAAUAGACAAAGGAUCAAAGAUGUGGAUUUUAUUAGACGGUAAAUUGGUAUCUGAACAAAAUAAAGAAGAUGAGAUCCCAUACCAAACUGUGAUUGGAGCUGAAGAUAUUAUGAACCCGAGGGAUGAAAAAUAUUCUACAGUUUGGAAGGCUGGGGUAAAGGUGAUAGUAGCUGAAUUCUCUAUAACUCCCCCCUCUCCGUGAGUGAACAAAACCAUUAGAAAAAAUCCUAUUUUUUGCCCAAAAACCCACCCUCCGUGAGUGAACAAAAAUUUUUUAUAGAAAAAAAAAAUUUAUACGUAUGUGAUAAUAAUUAUUAUAAUGAAAUCUCGAGCUUAUUCUGUUUAAUUUUAAACAAAUUGGUUUUAAAAAAUAAAUUUUAUAAAUUAAAUUAAUAUUUACUUUCCAAUUUUUCCGAAUUAGGAUUUUUUUAAAUUCCCAAAAAAAUAUUUUCUAUCAAAUUUAUAUAUAAUUUUUUUUUUAAAAAUAAAAAAUCAACCCCCUCCGUGAGCAAACAAAAUUUUUUUGUUCACUCACGGAGGGAGGGGAGUAAGAGAUAUUGAAAAUGUAUUGGGGAGCAGCCUUAUAGAUGCACUUGAAAAGAAUCAAGUUGCUACAGUGCUAAGGAAAGUUCAGCUAUUCAGGGAUUUAUCUCAUGAAAAACUUAGACACUUGUCUUCUUUGCUGAAAAUUGAAGAAUUUGAAGGAAAUGAGUGCAUUUUUCAUCAAGGUGACCCUGGGGACAAGUUUUAUGUAAUCAAGAGAGGUCAAGUUCAGGUUUUAAAAAAUAAUAUUGUUAUGAGAACUCUUAAUCAGUUUGAAUAUUUUGGGGAAAGAGCAAUUGUUUUAAAUGAAAAAAGAGGUGCCACAAUUGUAACUGUCGGCAAAACAAUAUGCUGAACUUUAAAUCAAACUGAUUUUUUAGAACUAGUUAACAAAGCUUUGCACAAACAGCUUAUGAGACAUAUAGAUUUAAGAAACGAUUUCAUUACAUUGGAUGAUUUAUCUAUUGUUAGCUAUAUAUGUCAGGAUUUAUAUUAUAAUUUCUAUUUAGUCGUUCACAAAAAACGAAAAAUCCUGUAUGUACUAAAAACAAUAAGCCGAAAACAAAUAAAUAAUUAUCGACUACAUGAUUAAUUAAGAUUAAGAUUAAGUUAAGCCGUUCGCACUAACAUCCGGGGAUUUGCACCCCUACACGCUCAUCGCCUAUGGUAGGGCCUCGGCGGACACCCUUCCUUGUUGCCGCAAACAAGGGAUUCGGACAUAUCAGUCUUGAUUUCCAUGGCUCCCGGAGCCUAAGGGCUAACCACCUGGGUCGAAACUCUCAGUUUCUCGCUAGACAAAUGCUACCUCUUGAGUCCUGUUCGAGAGAGUCAGUAUCCGCUCGGGACUGUCGCCGGUCUUGUCUUUUCCAAUGGUUGUUCUGGAGGUAAAAGCCCGAGUCCCACAGAUUAGCUCCGUAGGGCCCAAGUAAAACCUAACCCGACAUACACAAAGGAUUUCCGACCCUUUUCCACCUAAAUCCCCAACACUAGUCCGUUGUCUGCAUAUGCUGAGGAAAUAGGGUCGAGAGAUCGGGUGGCAUGUUGUCGCCAUUUUUAUGUAUAUUCGACUGCAUGAUAAUCUUAUCAUGGAAAGAAAAAUCAUGAUGAUUCUAGACCACGCAUUCAUGAUCAAUCUUGUGAAAACUAUGAAGGAUCAGGCUCGAAUCUAUUUCUUACUAGAAUACAUACAAGGCCAAGACUUUUAUAGUGUCCUAAAGCGCCUUAAAAAACUAUCUAACUCCACAACAAAAUUUUACGCAUGCUGCUUUCUGAUGAUGCUAGAGUACUUACAUGAAAAUAAAAUUAUUUAUCGAGAUUUAAAUCCUGAUAAUAUAAUUAUUGAUGAAAAAGGCUAUCCAAAGCUCGUUGAUUUUGGAUCAUCUACUAUUUUAUAUGGAAGAACUUACACAAUUAUCGGCUCACCUCAUUAUAUGGCACCUGAAGUAAUAUUAGGCAAAGGGUAUAAUCAAUACUGUGAUUACUGAAGUUUAGGGGUCAUGAUUUUCCAAAUUGCAUUUGGAAAUCUCCCUUUUGGAGAAGAAUCAAAUGAUCCUACUGAAAUAUAUGAAAUAGUUCUAAAAGAUCCUAUUAUUUUUCCAAGCUCAACCCCGCCCCAUUUUGAAAAAAUAAAAAAUUUUAUUGAAAAGCUCCUUAAUAAGUCAACUCCGGCAGCAAGAGGAAAUAUAGAUGUAUUAAAAUCACAUCAUUGGGUAAGCAGCACUGAUUGAGAUGCACUUUUAAGAAAAUCAAUCCUCCCUCCUUAUAUCCCUCCACAUGAAAACUGGACUGAGGAAAUUAAUAAUGCACUUAGAUCAAAAGAAGAUAUUUUAAAUGGACUACUUGUAAUUUUUAUGUAGAGUCAUGAAUCUAUGGAGAGAGCUUUGACAACUGGAGAUAUUUUUGGAAAAUCAAUGAUUUCAAAGGACUGGGAUUAUGAUUUUUAG